GGACAACUGGUGGAGAAUCGCUGUUACGACAGGUGGUAGUGAAUGCAGUAGAGUCCCAGUCUAGGUAUGGAGCAGUGUGCGUGUGUGGAGCGGGAGCUGGAGAAGGUGCUCCAUAGGUUCGUCAUGUACGGACACCAGUCAGAGGAACGGCUGGACGAACUACUACGCAGCGUCUGUGAGCUACGGGGACAGCUGGUUACAUUCGGGGUACGAGAUGCAGAUCUGACGGUGCUGUCUCAGACCAUGGCCCAGUGUUGUAAGAACAUUAAAGAAACCGUACAGCUGCUGGCCUCCAGACACAAGGACAUCCACGGCAGUGUCUCCAAAGUGGGCAAAGCUAUCGACAGGAACUUUGAUGCAGAGGUGAGUGCAGUGGUGGCAGAGACAGUGUGGGACUCACCUGAGAGACAGAAGUACCUGAGUGAGACCAUUGUGGAACACCUGUACAGACAAGGCAUGCUGAGCGUGGCAGAGGACCUAUGUCAGGAAUCUGGAGUAGUGAUUGACAUGAGCAUGAAGCAGCCGUUCUUGGAACUCAACAGGAUCCUGGAGGCCUUGAGGAUGCAGGACCUCAGACCAGCACUAGAGUGGGCAGUAACAAACCGGCAGCGCCUGCUGGACCUGAACAGUACCCUGGAGUUCAAGCUGCACCGCCUCUACUUCAUCAGCCUGUUAAACGGAGGCAUCACCAACCAGCUGGAGGCGCUACAGUACGCCAGGCACUUCCAGCCCUUCGCCUCACAGCACCAGAGAGACAUCCAGAUCCUCAUGGGUAGUCUGGUGUACCUGCGGCACGGCAUAGAGAACUCUCCCUACCGCUCUCUGCUAGAGACCAACCAAUGGGCUGAGAUCUGUAACAGCUUCACCAGGGAUGCCUGCGCGCUGCUGGGGCUAUCUGUAGAGUCACCUCUCAGUGUCAGUUUUGCGUCAGGCUGCAUGGCUCUGCCAGUCCUGAUGAACAUCAAACAGGUGAUUGAACAGAGACAGUGUAGCGGAGUCUGGACACACAAGGACGAGCUGCCUAUUGAGAUAGACCUGGGGAAGAAGUGCUGGUACCACUCCGUGUUCGCCUGUCCCAUCCUCCGGCAGCAGACGUCAGAGAGCAACCCUCCCAUGAAGCUCAUCUGUGGACACGUCAUCUCCAGAGACGCCCUCAACAAACUCACCAACGCUGGAAAACUGAAAUGUCCCUACUGUCCCAUGGAGCAGAACCCGUCAGAUGCCAAGCAGAUCUUCUUUUGAUCCCCCAUCCUGUUUCCUGAAACUGCCAGGCCCUUGGAGCUACAGUAGCUACCUGCUACCCCAGGACCCCUGGAAAUCCCCAUCCUACCCCUCACAGGCACCAAUUUGCCCCAGUGCCCCCACCCAAACUUGGACAGAACCCCUCCAGUGAUGGCCCAAGGCUGUAAUACUCCUGCCUCGUCUUGCCCCGUCAACAGCUCCUAGUGUACAGAGAGCUGAUGUGGAUGGCCCAUCAAACGACUUCUACCCAUAGAGAGACAGAGAGGAGUCGGUCGGCAUGAGGACGAAGGAAACAACUCAAAAGGAUUGUUCAUUCAUUGACACUCGUUCAUUUGCAGCUGCCUGCUGAACUUAUUCUACUCUUUUACUUUAAGGAUGUGAUGUGGCGUUAUGCUUUCUUUUGUGGGAUGUUGAUAGGGUGUUGAGUUGAUGUUGAUAGCCUAUCAAGUUGAUGAUGAUGAUGAUUGAUAGCCUAUCAAGUUGCGUUGAUGUUGAUAGCGUAUCGAGUUGAUGAUAGGCUAUCGUGUUGAUGUUGGUGAUAGGCUAUCGAGAUGAUGUUGGUGAUAGGCUAUCGAGAUGAUGUUGAUGAUAGGCUAUCGAGAUGAUGUUGAUGAUAGGCUAUCGAGAUGAUGUUGGUGAUAGGCUAUCGAGAUGAUGUUGGUGAUAGGCUAUCGAGAUGAUGAUGAUAGGCUAUCGAGAUGAUGUUGAUGAUAGGCUAUCGAGAUGAUGUUGAUGAUAGGCUAUCGAGAUGAUGUUGGUGAUAGGCUAUCGUGUUGAUGUUGGUGAUAGGCUAUCGUGUUGAGUUGAUGUUGGUGAUAGGCUAUCGAGAUGAUGUUGAUGAUAGGCUAUCGUGUUGAGAUGAUGUUGAUGAUAGGCUAUCGAGAUGAUGUUGAUGAUAGGCUAUCGAGUUGAUGUUGGUGAUAGGCUAUCGAGGCGAUGUUGAUGAUAGGCUAUCGAGGCGAUGUUGAUGAUAGGCUAUCGAGUUGAGUUGAUGUUGGUGAUAGGCUAUCGUGUUGAGAUGAUGUUGAUGAUAGGCUAUCGAGUUGAUGUUGGUGAUAGGCUAUCGAGAUGAUGUUGAUGAUAGGCUAUCGAGAUGAUGUUGAUGAUAGGCUAUCGAGAUGAUGUUGAUGAUAGGCUAUCGAGAUGAUGUUGGUGAUAGGCUAUCGUGUUGAUGUUGGUGAUAGGCUAUCGUGUUGAUGUUGGUGAUAGGCUAUCGUGUUGAUGUUGGUGAUAGGCUAUCGAGUUGAUGUUGGUGAUAGGCUAUCGAGUUGAUGUUGGUGAUAGGCUAUCGAGUUGAGUUGAUGUUGAUGAUAGGCUAUCGAGUUGAGUUGAUGUUGAUGAUAGGCUAUCGAGUUGAUGUUGGUGAUAGGCUAUCGUGUUGAUGUUGGUGAUAGGCUAUCGAGAUGAUGUUGGUGAUAGGCUAUCGUGUUGAUGUUGGUGAUAGGCUAUCGAGAUGAUGUUGGUGAUAGGCUAUCGUGUUGAUGUUGAUGAUAGGCUAUCGUGUUGAGAUGAUGUUGGUGAUAGGCUAUCGUGUUGAGAUGAUGUUGAUGAUAGGCUAUCGAGAUGAUGUUGAUGAUAGGCUAUCGAGAUGAUGUUGAUGAUAGGCUAUCGAGAUGAUGUUGGUGAUAGGCUAUCGAGAAGAUGUUGGUGAUAGGCUAUCGUGUUGAUGUUGGUGAUAGGCUAUCGAGAUGAUGUUGGUGAUAGGCUAUCGAGUUGAGUUGAUGUUGAUGAUAGGCUAUCGAGUUGAUGUUGGUGAUAGGCUAUCGUGUUGAUGUUGGUGAUAGGCUAUCGAGAUGAUGUUGGUGAUAGGCUAUCGAGUUGAGUUGAUGUUGGUGAUAGGCUAUCGAGUUGAGUUGAUGUUGAUAGCCUAUCACCAACAUCAACACGAUAGCCUAUCGAGAUGAUGUUGGUGAUAGGCUAUCGAGAUGAUGUUGGUGAUAGGCUAUCGAGUUGAGUUGAUGUUGAUGAUAGGCUAUCGAGUUGAUGUUGGUGAUAGGCUAUCGUGUUGAUGUUGGUGAUAGGCUAUCGAGUUGAGUUGAUGUUGAUGAUAGGCUAUCGAGUUGAUGUUAGGCUAUCGAGAUGAUGUUGAUGAUAGGCUAUCGAGAUGAUGUUGGUGAUAGCCUAUCGUGUUGAUGUUGGUGAUAGGCUAUCGAGUUGAUGUUGGUGAUAGGCUAUCGUGUUGAUGUUGAUGAUAGGCUAUCGAGAUGAUGUUGAUGUUGGUGAUAGGCUAUCGAGAUGAUGUUGGUGAUAGGCUAUCGUGUUGAUGUUGGUGAUAGGCUAUCUUGUUGAUGUUGGUGAUAGGCUAUCGAGUUGAUGUUGGUGAUAGGCUAUCGAGUUGAUGUUGGUGAUAGGCUAUCGAGAUGAUGUUGGUGAUAGGCUAUCGAGUUGAUGUUGGUGAUAGGCUAUCGAGAUGAUGUUGAUGAUAGGCUAUCGAGAUGAUGUUGGUGAUAGCCUAUCGUGUUGAUGUUGGUGAUAGGCUAUCGAGUUGAUGUUGGUGAUAGGCUAUCGUGUUGAUGUUGAUGAUAGGCUAUCGAGAUGAUGUUGAUGUUGGUGAUAGGCUAUCGAGAUGAUGUUGGUGAUAGCCUAUCGUGUUGAUGUUGGUAAUAGGCUUCGAGUUGAGUUGAUGUUCAUAGCCUGUCGAGUUGAUGUUAAAUCUUGAUGAUGAUAGCCUUUCGAGUUGAGUUGAUAGCGAUUGGGUGUUGAGUUGUAGAAUUUUUGGAUGACUGCUCUGUUCCUUUUUUCUCUCUCUCCAUCUGUAGGCUUUCCUCCGUACACAGAAUGCUCUAUCCAUCUGUAGGCUUUCCUCAGUACACAGAAUGCUCUCUCCAUCUGUAGGCUUUCCUCAGUACACAGAAUGCUCUCUCCAUCUGUAGGAUUUCCUCAGUACACAGAAUGCUCUAUCCAUCUGUAGGCUUUCCUCAGUACACAGAAUGCUCUAUCCAUCUGUAGGCUUUCCUCAGUACACAGAAUGCUCUAUCCAUCUGUAGGCUUUCCUCAGUACACAGAAUGCUCUAUCCAUCUGUAGGCUUUCCUCAGUACACAGAAUGGGUCUUUAGAAUGAUUUAAUGGAUGUUAGAGGGGUGAUGUGACAGUUAUUAUUUAAUUUUUUAGGAAGUUGUCUGAUUUCAGGAGAGUAUUUAAACUUCUAUAUUACAGAGGUAAAGCUAAGUGGCCUCUGAGAAAAUAUAUUAACAUAAAUUGUAUUGAGAGGUUGUGAUUGGCGGUGACCGUGGUUACAGUUUGUGAAUGGAACACUGAUUGUAAAAAUAUUUGCAACAUUUCUCUUUCUAUUGGCGAUGAUGAAAUAAAGGCCCUGAUUGGUUGAAAGUCACUUUGGGUUACAGUACAUGUAUCAGUGUGAUGAUCAACAGUUGUGAUCGAUGGAGAGGUCGAGGGUCAAUUGGCUGAUUUUGAUUUUGCAACUGGCUCCAAUAACAAUUUUCCUGAAGAAGGAAGCCAUGUUUCUAGGCCGAUGUAUUCAACAAAAACAAAUUAUACUACUGUGAAGUCUGCUCCUGUUUUUAUUUAUCAUCGCUAGAAUCAAGUCUCUUGUAAAAUAGUGAAACCACAAGUAACAUAAUACAUUUUAUGAAAUAUAAUUAUGCCACAAAAUAGCAACAUCAGUAUUGGGUUGGAUCCAUGAUCAAAUCCUUCUCUGUUUUCCGAACCGAUGUCAUACCAGCCCAUGGAAUGGUGAUGUCAUACCAGCCCAUGGAAUGGUGAUGUCAGCGAGUUCUGCACCACCAUCUCUUUAACAGCUGACACAUGGUAGCAGUCAGCCAUUUGCACUGAUCUCCAGUCAGAAUGAAUGAUGGAAGCAGGUAUUUUUUUUAAGCAGGUCUAGUUUUAUAUUAUGAUUUGUGUGUGCGCACACGUGUUUGUUUUGUGUUUGGUUGAUUUUACAUUUGGUUUACUGCUUUUGGUUGACAAUCAUUCAUCUUCUUUCCCAGAUUGACAGAAUACACUAAGGUCUGUUAUGGCUUCUUCAUGGGUUCUUUUUUCAGUAGUCAGAGUUCUUGUAUGAUAGGUUGGCCUUUUACCUGCUUCUCUGUAUUAAAGUUGUAUUGUACAUAUUUAUUCUCUAACAUGUUUCAUAUUAUACUUGCAUCUUAAAAUGGAUUAAAAACUUUAUACUCCAA